AUGGCAGUAGAUACAUGUUUACAGGCCUUAACCAUUAAGUAGGCCUUGCUUUGCCAUAGGCUUCGUCUAGGCGUGCGCGACCAUGUUGGACCAACCUGGUUGAUUUUGAAUCGGAUAUUGACGCAAGGUGUUAUUGUGUCGUCUUAUUCACUAGUCCCAUUACCUCAUUACGAAUUCUCGUGUUUUCAAUUUAGUUACUUUUGUGUUUAAAACAUGACAGCUAAUAAUGCAAAACGAAAUAUUUAUGUUGGCGGUCUUCCAGAUGAAGCUGACGAAUCAGUGGUUAGAGCUGCCUUUAUCCCUUUCGGAGAAAUUGUUAAUAUAGAAAUUCCUCCUGAUUAUGAGAACCAUGAAAAACACCGUGGUUUCUCUUUUAUUGAGUAUGAACUUGCUGAAGAUGCUGCUGCUGCAAUUGAUAACAUGAAUGAUUCUGAACUGUUUGGAAAAACUAUCACUGUUAACAUUGCUAGACCUCGUAAAAUAAAAGAAGGAUAUUCUAGACCAGUCUGGUCUGAAGAUUCCUGGUUGCAAAAAUAUGCAGGAAAAACAGAGGAAAACAAAAGUGCAUUAGAAGAAAGCAACAAAGAAAUUACCAAUGGAACAGCCUCUGUUGCUGAUGGAGAAAAUAAGCAAGAAGUUCUGAAAAAGCCCCGUGGUAACCCUCAAGUGUAUAUGGAUCUUAAAGCAGGAAAAACAAAUUUGGGAAGAAUAAUUAUCCUUUUACGGGCUGAUGUUGCCCCUAAAACUGUGGAAAAUUUCAAGGCUCUCUGCACCCAUGAAAAAGGUUAUGGUUUUAUGAACUCAAGCUUUCAUCGAGUUAUUCCAGGAUUUAUGGCUCAAGGCGGUGAUUUUACGAAUGGUGAUGGCACAGGGGGCCGCUCGAUUUUCGGUGGCAAUGGGAAAUUCGAAGACGAAAAUUUUGUGCUCAAACAUACCGGCCCAGGUGUACUGUCAAUGGCAAAUUCAGGACCAAAUUCAAAUGGAUCACAGUUUUUUACAUUUGACAAAACCGAAUGGUUGGAUAACAAGCACGUUGUGUUUGGUCAGCUACUUGCCGGUCUAGAUGUUUUGCGUAAGAUGGAGAAAUAUGGUACAAAGUCCGGAAAACCAACUGAAAAAAUCAUAAUCUCUGCUUGUGGUGAACUGUUGUAGUGUGAAAUUAGAUACACCUUUUUUUUUUUCUUAUUCAUUUAUUACUAUUUUUUUUUUAGUUAUUUUUAUUUCAUUUAUUAUUUUUAUUUCUUUUUUCUUUAACUGCGUUUAUCACUGUCAUAUUUAAUGGAUACUGCUUGUGAACGUAGUAAAAAAAAAAGAACUAAGGCAUCGAUUGGACUAAUGUAUAUUCCAACCCCCCUUUCCCCCCUUCAAAGAAAAACGAGACAAACAAAAUAGAAAACAAAAAACA